AAGUCCAACACUUCAGGACUUCUCAUGAAGCGCUUCAGACGUCACUUAUGAGAGGAGGUAGAGGAUCCUCGCCACUAGAGAGGAACAAGGUAGAGGUGACCAGGAGGAGAAGAGGAAGUGGAGCCUGGGUGUUUAUAUGCGAGUAGGGUGAGAAGAGAGACCCCACUCUCUGUGGGUCAGCCGAUGACAGAAGAUGAAGAGCCAAAUUACCAAUGCUCUCUCUGACUUCUUCUUUGAGUAUGAGACCCCACGCCAGGUGCUGGUGAGGAACAGGAGGGUGGGAGUGGUGUGCCGUUUGAUCCAGCUGGGGGUCCUGGCUUACAUUAUUGGGUGGGUUUUCAUCUACGAAAAAGGCUACCAGUCCACAGACACAGCAGUCAGCUCCAUCUUCACCAAAAUGAAAGGUAUAGGCUACACCAAUGAGAACGGAAAUGAGAGAGUCUGGGAUGUGGCCGACUAUGUCUUCCCUCCACAGGGAGACUCAUCCUUUGUGGUGAUGACAAACUACAUCAUAACUGAGGGUCAGACUAUGGGAAAGUGUACCGAGCUAAAAGACAAGCACAACUGCAGCUCAGAUGCCGACUGUGAAGGAGGGAGUUUCAAACGUACGGGACAUGGGCAAAUGACGGGAGUCUGUGUGAACUCCACAAAGACCUGUGAAGUGUUGGCUUGGUGCCCUGUUGAGGACGAUCACAACAUACCAGAUCCACCUCUGUUGAUGUCUGCAGAGAACUACACUCUAUUCAUCAAAAAUUCUGUAACUUUCCCCUUAUUUGGUGUCACAAGGAGUAACCUGGUGGAGGGCAUUGAUUCCACAUACAUCAGUAACUGCCUUCAUCAUCCAGACCAUGAUCCACUGUGUCCAAUAUUCAGACUGGGAGACAUAAUUAAACUUUCUGGUUUUAAUUUUGAAACAAUAGCCCGAGUGGGAGGGGCCAUUGGCAUUGUGGUUGACUGGACAUGUAACCUUGAUCUGGAUGUAAAACACUGUAAACCAAAGUACAACUUCCAUGGUCUGUAUGGAAACCCUUCUGAGACAGACAAAGCGAAAGCAUCAGUGGGCUACAACUUCAGGUACGCAAAGCACUAUUUGGAGGACAAAGUUCAGAAACGAACCCUUCUCAAAGUGUUUGGGAUCAGAUUUGACAUCAUUGUGCAAUCACUGGCAAGAAAGUUUGAUAUCAUCCCAACACUGACAGCUAUAGGCUCUGGAGUGGGCAUUUUUGGAGUGGCAACUGUAGUAUGUGACUUGGUGCUGCUCUAUUUGCUGCCAAAAAGAGAAUUUUACAAGAACAUGAAAUUCAAAUACACAGAUACACCAGCACAGCAUGACAGCGAGUCGCUCGGUUUAGACACAAGCGCCUAUUACACCCUUGAAGCAAAUGCAAGACAAGUCCAAGGCACUGACCAGUCCAAUGAUCCUGAUUCAGAGGCAGGUAGCAUAGAGACUGAGGUAUCUAAAAAGUGACCUGGGGCGCAAACAUUCAAGACAACGGCCAGUCUACUUUGAAGGUGUAUCACACUGGGACCCUGCACUAGACCCUGCAAGACAACAUGCACUAUAAAUGGACUGAAAAAGGACUGGGACUGAAGGGACAAAGUCAAAUGACAUUGCUCUGUGUUCCCUCUGUUUCUUUUUGAUGUCCAGCAUCUGCUACCAACAACAUUCUCCAACUUUUAAAGCCAUCCUGAGUGACUGUGACUCUUGCUAUUGAUGGUGUAGCUCAGCCAUAUGUGUACUUUUUUGGGUGUAGCUCAGUUUGCUUUCGUUCAUACUCUGGGUGUAAUCUCUGGGUGUAACUGUUUCCAUACCCAGACAGGUGAAAGAACAAUUUCUGGCACUUAAGUGCUCCUGUGUGUACACAAAUCAUCCAUAAGUCAUCCAUUACCUCUGUCUCUGUCUUUGUCAUGGCAAAAUAUACACACAUGAUGUGUGGAUGUGCCACCGUCAGAGUGAUUCAUCCCUUGUGUGCACCUUGUGAUUGACGAUUGAAUUUAAUAAAAGUGAUAUUCCUGCUA